UGAGGCAAAUCUUUUCCCUCUGUUUCAAAAAAAAAAACCUCUCUGCUGGCAAGUGGUUUUGCAUAAUUGUAUUGCAUUUCAGCUUUUAUAUACCAGCAGUACAUUUUAGUAGGAUAUUUUCUUGGGAGGAGAGUGAGCUGCUUCCAUAUUUUCCCACCUUCCAUGAGUGCCAACUAUACAUGUGUUCUCCAACACUACACUUUGGUCGAAUAUUUUCUUCGGGGACAGUGAGCUGCUUGCAUCUUCUUCCUCCUCCCAUGAGUGUCCUCUGCGUGUUUCAACAGUAUCAUGGGCAUUUGUUUACCUCUCUCGAGAAAUUGCAGUACAAGAGCAUUAUUAGCCUAGUAAUAAGUGGCAUCAGCUUUCUCCCUGGACGAUUUCGGGGCUUCAUCCUGGCGUUUUUGACUCAUGAUAUCCCCCUCGAUCUACACGCUCAAUCAAAGGGUGGAACUUUUAACGCCUCCGGGCCCUUGUCCGUGCAUCUUAGCUGAUUUUGGCUUCUCAAUUUGGAUUGCCGCUCUUAACGCUGUUCUGCACCGACGACAGCUCACAGCUGAGUCUCAAGGCUCCUGCAGCUUGUGCAAAUUCAGCAUCUCUCUUCGUAUUCAUUCAUUGUUCUGGCAUCAAAUUUGGACGGUGGGAGGGGCAGUGCUCAGUACUCGCUGUAUGGCGAUGAGGAACCCUCCCCUUCUCCACUAGUAACAACCGGCUAAGUUUCUGGCUUUUUUGCCCUCGAUCACGGACCCUAAAUUUCUUCCAUGGUUUGCAUUUCUUUUCCAGAACACGCACGAGAUGUUGCUCCCUUUCCUGUUGUGUUUAUCUGAUUCAGUGGUAGCUAGUUUUUUCAGUGUUAUUCAUACACUCGCAUAGCCGCGUAGUUUGCAUCCACCCCAACGAAGGCACUUCCGGAGUUUUCAUGUAGAAACACUUGAUUUAUGUAUAGACCAGUGCAGAUUGUGAUGGAAGGAAAGAAGACUUGAAUCAGCGUGGGCAUCUCCGUAAUGCCACCAAGUGGUGAGGCAAUUCUUGAAUCUAUGGCGCACUUGACUUUUCCCGGUCUCCAGUGCACGAUGUUUGCUAGCUUUUCACUUGCAAUAUGCCUAUACUCCCUCCAAUCUAAAAUAAGUGGCAUCGUCUAGGUUCAAAUUUGAACUAAAACCAUGUUGCAAGUGACUGCGCAUAUAACUUUAAAAGUAUUUUGCGAGGCAAAUGCAAGGAUAUUAUUUUUGAAUAUGCAUAAUCCAAUACUUUUGCGCAUACCAGUGAUCAAAGUUUUAAAACAAUGACUGCACAUAUAAUAAUGUGACUCAUGUUUGUACCGGGGCGGAGUAACAUGAUUUCAUUUGUGUUAAAAAAGUAGUACUAUCAUAGCUCUCCCAGUGGAGUUAUAUAUAUAUUCCAAAGAGCUGACAGCUCCAUAAACUAAACUUCCUGCAAAAGAAAGAAGGCCCAUAAACUGAAAACAUGUACAGGGUUCUCAGAAAUCCUGGUGAAGGUGGGGGGCAGAGGUUCAGUUUCCGGUAGGGUUUAAGCAUGUAUAGAUCUGGCUCAUCCAUUGAUUAGUCAUUAACCUCAUUCCGAGCUGGCCCAUGCAGUACGUGGAUGACAGUGGCAUCCGAUCCUCGGGCCGGUCUUGAUUUCCGCGGCACCACCAACUGUAAAAUCUCCAGCUGAUCCGCUGAAUUCAGAGCUCUUUAUAUAUUCUGAUCCGCGGACGUGAUCCAGCUGGUACACGGUUGUUAGCGCGCGGUACCGACAAUUCUAUUCCCUGUACUGUGUGUGCGGCUUCCGUCUUUGCCCUUGCGUCUGUCCGUUGCAUUAGGCUCGCUUAACUUUUUCACUUUGGAGGACAAUCUUUAUGUAAGGCUGCAGGGGUUAGUUGUUCCUUGUUGAGCCUUGCAAGAUAUUGACUGCCAGCUCGCUCCGCCCCGAUCUGCUCCUCCGCAUUUUCCACCCUUUAAGUAAAGCCCCCUUCACCGCUUGCCAAACCUGGCAAUUUAGAAGGCUGGGCAUUCCUUAGAAUGGUUGCAGCAUCACACUGAGAUCAUCAGGUAUCAAGCACAAGAUGUAUUCCCCUCCCUGCUCUGCUGCUGGAAGCAACGGCGAGCGGAGCUUCGCGGCCGGAGCCAACCCGCUUGCUUUGCUCGACCAUGCCAUGGAUUUCGACGAGCACGUCCUUUUUCCUAUGCACAAUGCAGGGAUGCAAGAUGGAGUUCAGUUCUACAAUCCUACUGCUGGUGGUAGUGGUACUGAGCUGAGUAGAAACAUGAGCAUGGAGAAGGGUUUGAAAGGCGGUAAAAGGAAGGGCUCCGGCGAGGGCAGUUCGACGAUGCAUUCACAACAGGAGGAAACCGGUGGCAUGUCUCAGAGAGAGGUCAGCAUGGAGCGCGCUGGCGAGAAGGAAGGUGAUGCUGCUAGCAACAGAGAGGACUACGUGCAUAUCCGGGCGAAGCGCGGCCAGGCGACCAACAACCACAGCCUUGCAGAAAGGUUUCGGAGGGAGAAGAUCAACGAGAGGAUGAAGCAUCUACAAGACCUCGUCCCAGGCUGCAACAAGAAGAUUACAGGCAAGGCCAUGAUGCUCGACGAGAUCAUAAACUAUGUGCAGUCCCUGCAGCGGCAGGUCGAGUUCCUCUCGAUGAAGCUCUCGGCGGUCAGCCCCGAGCUGAACUGCGAUCUCGACCUCCAAGACAUCCUUUGCCCGCAGGACGCCCGCUCCGCGUUUCCGGGAUACGGCCAGCGAUUGGGCAGCGUUCAUCCUAACAGCAAUAUGUACAGGGCGUCGCAGCCGGGCCUCUCGCGUCCUGAACUAUACGGGAACGGGAUCAUCAUCCCAAACCCGGCAAAUGUUCAUAUGGCGAGAGCGGCUCAGCAGCUGUCUGCUUUUCCCCAGAGGAGCAUCGUUUGGGACGAGGAACUUGGCAAUGUUGGUCCGGCUGCCUUCCCGUCGGACGUCGUCGGCGCCAGUAGCUUAGAGAACUCCGAGUCGAUGAAGGUGGAGUAGCUAGCCAGCAAGCUGACGGUUAACCAUGUGCAGAGGCUGCACAGAUCUCCUCGGGCUUUAGCGAGUUUAACUGCUGUCGUUGAGAGGACGAUUCUCUAAGUGUGCGUGUGUGUGACUUUUGUACAGUUUGACUAAGCAGACGGAUGAAAAGCUUGUGGUCCGCUGUGAUGUGCCAUCUCUGCCUGGACUGAAAUUAUUAGUGGUAAUAAUGAUUGGGUUUCAUGAGUUGAUCUA